GUAGAGCUGACUGUAGUUGUUCGGACGUCUAUAAAGAAGAAGGUGAUUCACGUGGACCAAUCAGGGAGUGUUAAAUCACGCAAGCCUUCAGAUGUAUGCGGGAACUGUGUGAGUGUGUUUGUGCGGGGACUAAUCACCGGAGACAGGCAGAGUGUGUGUCUGCGUCUCAUCUCCAUCAGCACACCGUCACACACAGGUGACGUGACGGAGCCUGACCCCGUCACCAUGAGGCUGAGCUCCUGCAGCGCUGCCCCGGCUCUUCUCUUGUUGCUGCUUUGCUGUCACAUAAGCAGCAUUCUUGGCCAAAAGUCUGACUCUGCUUUAACUGUGGUGGAGAAUACGGAGGGAGGAGAAGGAGCAGGUGGUGAUGAAGAGGAGGUGACAGUUGAUGAAGAUGAAGAAGAUUUAGAGGUGGUCCAGCCCACUGACGAGUGGCAAACACUCAAACCAGGACAGGCAGUGCCGGCAGGUUCCCACGUGAGGCUGAAUCUGCAGACGGGUCAGAGGGAGGUCAGACUGGGAGAAGAGAAGCUGAAGUACUGGACAGAGGAACACAGGGAGAAAGAAGAGGUGGAGUCCUCCUUCAGUCCUGAGCAGCUCAAACAAGCCAUGAAGAAGAUAAAGGAGGACAUGAACUCUGUGAGCAAAGACACAGAGCAGCAGGACCCUGUGGCUUCUCAAUAUCGUCCUCUGGAGGAGUUAAAGAGAGACAUGGCUCAGCUGGACCUGCUGGUGGAGACCGAUGUCCAGAUAAUGAGGCGCCUGCUGGAUCAGUUGAACAGCAGCAACUCGACUACAGAGCAGAAGCUGAGCAUCCUGCUGGAGCUGGAGUACCUGGUGCAUCAGGUGGAUAACGCUCAGACCUUGUGUUCGAUGGGGGGUCUCCAGAACAUUCUCCAGGGUCUGAACAGUUCUGACUUCAGAAUCCAGGAGCGCUGUGCCUUUGUCCUGGGAUCAGCUCUGUCCAGUAACCCCGUGGUUCAGGUGAAGGCUGCAGAGAGUGGUGCUCUGCAGACGCUCUUAACCAUGCUGGCCACGACACAACCACUGCAAGUCAAAAAGAAGGUCCUGUUUGCAGUGGCCUCCCUCUUACGUCACUUCCCCUACGCGCAGCGUCACUUCCUGUCACAUGGAGGGCUGCAGGUCCUAUCAGAGCUGUUCAGGGCAGACAGAGGUGGAGUUCUGCGCACACGCAUCGUCACCAUGUUGUACGACAUGAUCAGCGAGAAGGAGCUGAUCUCUCAGGCAGGUCUGGACCCGGCGCUGGAUGCGUCCCAUGAGGAGCGGGUGCGUCAGUACUCUAAGGUGUCCCUGCAGGGGGAGCUGCUGGAGAAGGGCUGGUGCAGUCUGGUCCCACAGCUGCUGGAGUCCACUGAGCAUGACUACAGAGAGAAGGCUCUGCGGGCUUUGUUGGCGAUGGCUCCUGUGUGUUUGGACCAGUACCGCUCAGACAGCACUCUGCUGGGCUCUCUGCUCUAUCUCAGAGACCAGUACCAGGAAAUGGUCCGAUCCGAAAUGAUUCUUGGAGAGGAGAACGGCUACUUUGCAGAGAUCAUAGAACUCAUAGACGCUUUACAAGUAAAAAUGAAGUGAUGAUGAGGACUGUGCAGGGGGACACUUCACAUGGCUGCACACAGACUGCAGCAAUGAAAGCACCACUUCAAGUGCCCGACCAACCACAUGAGGGCAAACUCCUUAAAGCUGCAGUAGGUAAUUUGAACAAACACAAGGUAAACCCUCAAGCUGCUCCCACCAAACCCACAGCACAGGAGCAGUUUGAUCUUUCAACCUCCUCUCCAUGUCUCUGCUCCUUGUCACCACAACUCUUUUUCUUAAAGAUGUCCCUCCAGUGCUCCGUGGCCUGAGGGCAGAGUGCUCCUCCAGGCUCCAGAAGGUGAUCCUGAAGCUCCGUGUGCAUCCAGGGCGUGUUCACACGUUUUGUUCUCCACACUGUAAUUGGCCAAGGAUGAGCAGGGUGAAGGGGGCUGUGCAGUGUGUGCACAAGCAGUGAUAGACACUCUGUUAGAGACUCCUCCUGGCUGCUUCAGAAACACAAAGAGGAAUCUGCUGAACCUGGACGAAUGCCAGGGCGUGUGACAGCUUCAGCAAAAAGUCAUUCUUCUAAAAGUUACCUACUGCAGCUUUAAGACAAGAGACGCAUGCAUCGAGGACGAGGACGCAUAUGUUAGACUGACCUUGUAGGUGACAGAUCCACCAGUAGUUUGGUCAGCAUGAAUAUGGCUAAGGAAGAUCUCAGUGGUGACCUCAGACCAGUGAGGUGGAGAUCACAACAGACAUCUUUCUUUUUUCAGGGUCAUCAUUUAAAAAUAUCUGUCUAUCUUUCUGUGGAUACAAAAUAGAUUUUUUUUCUAUUUCACUAAUUUAAGAAUAAAUUCAUUCUUUUAAAA